AAACGCGCUCUGUGAUUGGUCAGCUCUCUAAACAUUACACAACACGUUUCAUAAAUGUAAACUGUGCGAGUUGUAUAAGGUUUAAAUCGCAGAGUUCGUCUUUGCGCUUCUUUCCUGCAAGGGGAUCACAUUAGUGCAUCUCUGUUAACUGACACGGUUUUAUCAUGUUGGGCUCAGGAUUACUGCUCCUCCUGGUAACACUGUGGCAUCGGACCGAUAGCCAGAACUCUGCUGCUUUCUUCCAAGUAGUAACUCAGACCAUGUUGCCGCCUGACAGUGUGCACAAUCCAACACAGCUCAACUAUGGCAUGGCUGUGACCGAUGUAGACGGUGAUGGUGACCUAGAAGUGGUGGUAGCAGGAUACAAUGGUCCGAAUCUGGUGCUGAAAUAUGACCCCAACCAAAGAAAGCUGGUAAACAUCGCCAUCGAUGAUGUAAAUUCCCCAUACUACGCACUUAGGGACAGAGCAGGAAAUGCUAUUGGAGUGACUGCCUGUGAUGUAGACGGGGACGGACGUGAAGAGAUCUAUUUCCUCAACACAAACAAUGCCUACUCUGGGCGUGCAACAUAUUCAGACAAGCUUUUCAAGUUCCGUAAUGGUCGGUAUGAAGAUCUGCUCAGCGAUGAACUCAAUAUCGCCCGUGGUGUUGCAAAUCAAAUGGCUGGACGUUCAGUUGCAUGUGUGGAUAGAAAGGGAACAGGCCGGUAUUCCAUAUAUCUGGCAAACUAUGCUCAAGGAAGAGUUGGUCCACAUGCCCUUUUGGAAAUGGAUGAGACCGCCAGCGAUUUGUCCAAAGGAGUCAUUGCCCUCUCUGACGUCGCCGCUCAGGCUGGGGUCAACAAGUUGACAGGUGGUCGUGGUGUGGUUGUUGGACCAAUCCUGAACCAAAUGAGGUCUGAUGUGUUCUGCGACAAUGAGAACGGUGCCAACUUCUUGUUUAAGAAUAAUGGAGAUGGGACUUUUGUGGACAUGGCCCAACAAGCAGGUGUGGAGGACCGGUUCCAACAUGGAAGAGGAGUAGCUCUGGCUGACUUCAAUGGCGAUGGGAAAACAGACAUUGUCUACGGCAACUGGAACGGCCAGCACAGACUCUACCUCCAGACCAGUGAUUCCAAAUUCCGUGACAUUGCCACUGGUGGGUUUGCUUCCCCAUCCCCCAUCCGCACUGUCAUCGCUGCAGACUUUGAUAAUGACAAGGAGCUGGAGGUGUUUUUUAACAACAUUGCCUACAGAGGAACUGCACCAAACAGGGUGUUCAGGGUGUCAAGAAGAGCUAAUGCAGAUCCUUUAAUUGAGGAGCUUAAUGUAGGAGAUGCUGCAGAGCCACUGGGUCGAGGAACAGGUGGAACUGUGACAGACCUUGACGGGGAUGGACAGCUGGAUCUUCUCUUGGCUCAUGGGGAGAGUGCCCAGCAGCCAAUCUCUGUCUUUAAGGUCACACAGGGUUCAUCCAACAAUUGGCUGCGGGUCAUUCCUCGUACCCAGUUUGGAGCUUUCGCUCGCGGUGCCAAAGUAACAGCCUUUACCGCUCAGAGUGGAGCACUAACACGUAUCAUCGAUAGUGGCUCUGGAUAUCUGUGUGAGAUGGAACCUGUUGCCCAUUUCGGAUUAGGAACAGAUGAGGUGAAAGUUCUGGAGGUCUCCUGGCCAGAUGGCACCACCACAACACGAACUGUUGAGGCAGGAGAAAUGAACUCUGUGGUGGAAGUAGCCUACCCCAAAGAGGGAGAAAUGUCCGUGCUUGCCAAUAACACGCAGUGUGGGAACGGCUUUACUGUCCAGAAUGGGCGUUGUACAGCUCUAGCACCAUUUCACUACGGACUCCGUUCUUCAGUCUCCAUCCUUGAUGCGCCCCAUUGUGACACACUUUCAUUUAUGUGUGUCAUCACACUGUUUGCAGUGGGAGGCCUAAGGUGAGAAUUGUCAGCAAGAGAACUGACAAAACAGUUUUCAUCAAGCUCCAUGUGUGUGGAUCAAAGAGCAUCUGAAAAGAGUGACCAAAAGGUCUUUGACGUGAUGCCCGACCACCUGGGUAUUUCCGUUUUGUUUUGACUGGGUUGGCUGCAUGCAGAAGCUGCUAUCAGAGAUCUGUCCUUUCCUCAAGAGGUGGUGGAAUGUAACAAGUCAGGUAGACAUAAAUGUAACAACAAUGAAAUUUGUAUCAACAGUUUUCUGCAGAUUAAGGAUACCAAAGCAUGUGAGGAGGGUAAAUGUGUAUUUAAAAGUAUCCAUCAGUAAACCAAAUGCUCAAUAUUGAAACAUUAAUUACUACUGAUAUUACUCUUGAUGUCUUUCCUUGUGCAUUUUCAUCAUGAAAGUGUUUUAUGCAUGCACUAAAAACAGAGAUAGAUAAAAAAAAUAUGAUUUUAAUAUUUUCAGUAACAUUG